UAGCCUAAUAAUAUUUCUUCAAAUUUCUUAUUUCACGAGAUGUUGAGAGCUAGCAAAGUUAGGACGUCGAAGUCCAAGAGCCCUUAUGCCAGACCUCCCACGAGGGGAGCGGUUGUAGCCUCCCGGGCGUCUACACGGAUGCCAAAUGUGACUUCGUCCUCCAGCGGUCCUUCCACAAUUGCAGUUACCGAGUCUACAGGUAGAAUAUAUGAUAGAAGCCAAAGUUUGCCAGUCCCGGUAGUACAACCAACUGUACAACCUGUUCUAGACCGGGCAAGGGCCCCAUCGGAUCAGACGGUCGAGCCUUCAGUAGCAGGAUCUAGCACCAAUACAGGUACAGAUUGUUUGUUCGACAUUGAAAACCCCACACCUUUCCAUAGUGUAGUAUCGUCACUUGGGGCUCAUGUACCCAUAGCAUUGAAAGAAAAGAUAUGGAAUAACGAUUAUAUUGCACUUAACAAGUUGUUAAUGAAAGAACCUGCAUCAGAUAUUCAGCAUCAUAUUGUAUAUCAUGAUGGGGCGAUUCAGGUCAAACCAAAAUACAAAGAUGAAACAAUAGUGUCCAUUUCACAAUGGACAGAUGCUUUUCUAAUUUUUGCUUCGAUUUAUUGUGCCAAGCAUUCUUUGCAAGCUGUUCAUUUAUUUCGAUACAUGGCUACAAUUAGGAAAGGCGCAGAGCGUUCACCAAAUUCUUGUAACUGGAGGGAAUACGAUGUUCAAUUUAGGUUGAAAAAAUCAAUUGAUUCCAGUCUCAGCUGGGGUUCAGUUGAUGCAGAAUUAUGGCUGUUUUACAUGCAGCCGGUAGUCCAAAAUAACAUUCCAACCCCUACAAAGCAGUUUAAAUGCUAUUCUUACAAUUUUCAGGGAGUAUGUGAAAAACAAAACUGUAGGUUCUUGCAUAUUUGUGUCAAGUGUAAUGGUUCACAUCCUUCUUUGAAUUGUAGAUAUUCCCAGAAUAACAGUACGGGUAAACAAUACCCCCCAGUUAAGCCCGCAUCACAGCAAUUCCGCCCUAGAUUCCCACAGAGAUCAUUCCGCCCAAUUACACAAUAAAUUAUGGCAAUUGGGAUCUACUCCAAUAAAAGUUAAUAAUCUUCACAAGUUAGUUAGAAGUUAUCCAGACAGAAAAGUUGCACACUUGUUAGCACAGGGUUUUGAGGGAGGAUUUUUAUUAAACUAUCAUGGCCCUAGAAUUAAGGUUGAGUUUAGGAAUAUGAAGUCUGCGAUUCAACACUCUAAUGAAUUGGCAGAAAAGAUUAAGAAGGAAAUAGAUCUUGGUAGAGUUUUAGGUCCUUUUUCAGCCCCACCAAUAUCAAAUUUAAGAUGUAACCCAGUUGGUUUAUUACCAAAAAAGCAAGGUGGAUGGCGUAUGAUUACAAACUUGUCCCAUCCAUUUGGAGAGAGUGUUAAUGAUUACAUUGAUCAGCAAUUUUGUUCCGUCAACUACUCUUCAUUUGAUGAUGCAAUUAACAUAAUUCAAACAAAGGGACAAGGGGCCCUCAUGGCAAAAAUGGAUAUUUCUAGUGCUUUUAGGCUUUUACCAAUAAGUCCAAGAGAAUUUUGUCUGCUUGGUUUCAAGUUUGAUAAAUCAUAUUACAUAGACAAGU